UAUGGCAGCUCUAAUAAUUCAUUUGUUUUCAUUUGAUUAUUUUUUUCAAUUGUUGUGAACACGUGCAGUAACAAUAAAAAAGUGAAAAAUUUUAACAGAAAAUAAAUGUUAAAUGACGAAAAAAUGAUUUCAGUGAAUACAGCAAAACCCACCGAAGUCCACAAGUCAUGGAAAAAGAUAAAUGAAGAACGUAAAGCAUUAAAAAAACAACGCAAACAAGAAAAGUUACUGAAAGAGUUGGAAAAGAAACAAACUCUAGAAAAAGAAAAGCAGGAAAAGGAAUUAAUUACAACGAAUACAUCAAGUGAAAAGAAACCAAAUCCCUCUACCGUCUCAAUAGCUGUGCCUGGUUCAAUAUUGGAAAAUGCCCAAUCUGUGGAAUUGCGAACAUAUGUGGCUGGUCAAAUAGCCAGAGCUGCCUGCAUCUAUAGGGUAAAUGAAGUUAUUGUAUUCGACGAUAUUGGUUUAGCCACCGCCCGUGAGACAAAACGUAACUAUGAUGCUGAUGAUGAUGAUGCAGCCGAUGAUGCUUCACAUACGGUACGCAGUAGUUGUCUACAACUGGCCCGCAUUCUUCAGUACUUGGAAUGUCCACAAUAUUUACGCAAAUUCUUCUUUCCUUUGCAUAAAGAUCUAAAAUAUUCCGGUUUGUUAAAUCCUCUGGAUGCACCUCAUCACUUGCGUCAACAAAAUAUUUUCCGUUAUCGUGAAGGUAUUGUAACAGAAAAACAAGCAAAACCCGGUCAUUCGUAUGUCAAUGUUGGUCUUUUAAAUGAUGUAUUGGUUAAUAAAGCUCUAACGGCUGGCUUGAGAGUAACUGUUAAACUGGAUGAUACUAAGGAACACGUACGCAAACAAAGGGGAACCAUUGUCAGUCCGGACGAACCACGCCGUGAAACAGGUGUCUAUUGGGGUUAUACUGUACGCAUUGCACACACUAUGUCGGAUAUAUUCACGAAAUCACCUUAUCCUGGUGGCUAUGAUUUAACAAUUGGUACCUCUGAUCGUGGUGCAAAUGUUCAGGAAAUACCAGCAAAAUCCCUUCAAUUCAACCAUGUACUCUUGGUGUUUGGCGGUCUUCAGGGUUUAGAAUCAGCCUUAUCCAAUGAUGAUAAAUUACAAGUAGAUGAUCCCGAAUUGUUAUUCGAUAAUUAUAUCAAUGUGUUACCCAAACAAGGAUCACGUACUAUAAGAACUGAAGAAGCUAUACUAAUAGCUAUGGCAGCCAUACAGGAAAAACUAAAUCCCCAACAUGAGGAUGUGGAGGAAGAACUUAUUAAAGAGGCUUUACCACGCAGUGAAGAUACAGGUGGUAUAAUACCAAGACCGGGUGAGACUAAAAUGGCUAAGAAACGUAAACGUUUGGAAGAAAAACAAGCAAAAAUUACAGAAGUAGCGGAAACACAAAUCGAACAAGAAAACCCAGUACAACAAAUAGCCGAAGAUAUGACAGCGGCUAGUGAACCUGUUGUGAAAAAAGAAAAGAAAAGCAAGAAAAAUCCAUUCAAUAAAACUGAAGAAACUUCCGUUUCAGAAGCUAAUAAUGAUAAUAACGAUAAUAAUGAUGCAGAUUUUGAAGUUGUGCCGUUUGUACCGAAAAAAAUUAGAAAUCCUUUUGUAAAAACAGAAAAAAUACCAGUUUCAAAAGUUAAUAAUUAUGAUGAUGUCAUUUUUGGUGUUGUGACAGCUGAAAAAUUAAAAAUGAACUCUCCUAAAAAUAAAAUGUCUGAUGAUGAUUUAAGUAGAUUCGACUAAACUUACUUUUGUUUUUUUUUUUAUGAAAUAAUUUGUAAUUUGUAUGUUAGAUAUACAAAAAUAAAGUUAAAUUAAACAACAACAACA